AUGGAUUUACCGGAACAUGAGGAUGUCGCCAACUGGAUGGAGAAUGAGCAGAAUUUUGCGGACUUCUUCUACGACAACUUUGAUUUGGUGCGCACUGACGACGACGACGACGACGCCGACGCCGACGCCGACUCGACGGCAGGAGAUGCAGACGAGCCCAAUGCGGAGGUUGAGCAGCAGGUGGCAAACAUUCCAGAGACGCUCCGGCGGCGUAGGAAUCACCGGUUGGCCCCGUACUUCUGCAACGUGUGCCACGACUAUGUGCGCGGUGGCGUGAUUACCAUUUGCGGACACCUCUUCUGCUGGACCUGCCUCUGGGCCGAUCUGCACGAUCGCGUGCUGUCCCGCUGCCCCUGCUGCAUGCGCCGGCUGCUGCUGCACGAGGACAUCAUUCCGUUUCUGGGCGAGGGACCCAACGCCGGCCCCGACGAUGCCAACAUCGUCGCCCAGCCGGGCAACGUGGCCCGCCCCUCGGGCCUCUAUCUCGAGCACCAUCACUAUCCCAUAUGGUUCUCCGUGCACAACUUCGAGGAGGCGCGCUUCGCCGGCCUGCGCGUGAUCGAGCGCAACCUGGCGGUGGUCGUGCAGCGCAUGCACCUCGAGUACCGCCGGUGCAUGUCCUGGAUCAAGUAUCUGCAGUGGUUCCAGCUGGUCUGCGCCGCUGGCAUGCUCUACUUCUGGUCGUGCACAUCACAGACCAAGGAUUAGGUACUCGGAUGGGUCGCAUCUCCCGCUCUUGUGGGAGGCUCUGCACUGAAAUAGUUGAACUUGCUAAAUGGGUUUUACUGCGGCUCUGGCCAAGACUCCUCAUAAAUUCAAAUUGUUGGGCGAAUUCUGAAGGUCGUUCCAAAAUAUAAUUGUUUUACUUUGCUUAGCUAAAUAUAUUGUGAAUUGUUUGGUUUAUAAUAAUAAACAUAUGUUG